AUGUCGGGAAUGAUCGACUUACCAUGUGAACUAAUUUUAAUAAUUCUAAACUAUCUCCCAAGUCGUGACUUAUGGCAAAACGUUCGUCUGACAUGUCGAUUUUUCGCAGCGAUUCUUGCUGAUCACAGCUAUUGGAGACGGAAAUUGCAGAGAAAGUUUAAAAUUGAAUUGCCAUCUUAUCAGUUAGACGGCUCAGUAUCCUCAUUAUCACAUUGUUGCGCUAGAACAGAAGAAGAAACGGAACGAUGGAAAGACGGGAAAUUGGGACGACUUAUCUGUGCGAUAGGACAUGAUGGAACAGUUGAUGCUAUGGCAAUGAUGAAAUCAUCGGCACAUAAACGACUGUGUAUUUCCGGUGCUCGUGAUCGUGCACUGAUUAUUUGGGAUGUAGAUACUAUAACCAACGGUGUGAGAAGCGAAAACUGGAAACUAUAUGAAUUUUCUGAAGCUCAUCAGGGAUGGAUAUGGAGUGUAUGCAGAGCGGAUACAGAUAUGUUUUACUCUUGUGCAUGGGAUCGUUAUGUAAAGCAAUGGCGAAUCGUUGAUGGACAUCUUAAUGCGCUUUGUGAUGUUCAGAUGAACUCUGCAGUGCUAUGUAUUAUAAAUGAUGGUACAACAGCUGUUUGUUCCACAUUUGGACGAAGAGUGGUCGUUAUGGAUGCGCGCAAUUCGUUGCAGAAAAUUACUGAUAUGCUGUAUCACCGAAGCGCUGUUUUCGAUCUUGUUCAGAUGCCAGGCAGCAAUUAUCUUUAUUCAUGUGGUGAGGAUCGACGAUUGGCAUGUGUAGAUAAACGUAUGUGGGAGGUUGUGACAGAUUUAGAACUGGAAGCUUAUUCUCAAACUAUGUCGUUACGACAAGGACAGCUACUCUGUGGAACCAACGACGGAAAGAUGCUUUCUAUCAACCCGAACGAUUUAACAGUUAUCAGUGAAGUAUUCGUUGGAAAAGGUGGUUUGCGGCAGGUAAAACUGAACACUGGAAGCCAAAUGUGCAUUACGAAGGAUCGUCUUUUUAAAGUGUUUACACCUGGUUUAAGCCCUAGCCUGUUUGCUGAAUCCGAAAUGUUUGAUGCAGAACCGUCCAGAUUCGACUAUUACGAUGAUGAUUUGGCCAUCGCCUGCGGUGAUGGAUCUAUUUUCUUCUACGCUGCAUGA